AUGCGGUUCACAUAUCUCUUCCCUUUGGCGUGCCUCCUUUUGCUGGCGGUGCUCUCAAAAGCAUGGCAGUUGGAGGAAAUGCACAUGGGGAGCCAUGGUCAACUCCUGCCGAGACAAGAUGAUUCAGAAUCAGAUUCAGAGACCACCACCACCGAUGCCGACAGUGCCACCACAGGUGCUACCCCCACCGCAGACGAGACAGCCUCGGAGACCUCCACCUCCACCUCCACUCGCUCUUCUUCAGAUGAUGAUAACGAGAGCCAGACGACAUCGCGCCCGUCGGUAACCUCGUCUCGUGGCUCCAACUCGACACAUACCAGCUCUUCAAACCGGACAACAUCUGUUGAUCCCCGUUCCCCUCCCGGUGGCAUCUCCAUCCUCACCCCUGCAGCAACUUCGACGACAUACUACAAAGUCGGCGACACCCUUACCUUUGUCUGGAACUACACAUCUCUCGAGAUUACGCCUACUGCAGUCAAUGUUAUCGCAUCGUGCAGCAUUAACAGUGCGACCUACACCAUCUCCAGCAACAUGAGCGUGUCGGAAACACAAAGCGUCGAGUGGGAUACUGGAAAGUACCAGGCCAAUGCCACAAUCCCAUUGCUCACUGCGACAUAUACCCUGAUUGUGUACGAUGAGAGCAAGGACGUCGAUGAUAUUGCCAGUGCUGGUGAACUCAGCUCCCAGAACCGCUACUACUUUGGGAUGUACAUCUCGCAGCCUUACGUGGAUCUAGAUGAAUAUGUCUGCGCAACCUGCAGUGGCGCCCUCUCGUCAACGGAGACGCAAGCCCUCAAAUUCGGCGUGGGCAUGGCCCUCAUCACCAUUGCAACGUUCACCUGGUUCGCUACUGGAUUCGGUGCCUUCGCCACUUGA